AUGGUACGGGGUGUUAUAGAGAAAUUACCUGGUAUUAAGGCAGAGUUGGUCACUAAUCAGGUUGGAUGGCAAGAUUGGGGAUUUGCUGAUUUGUUAAAAGCUCUGGAAAAUUGGAAAGCAAUACACCCGGUGGAAAGUUCAAGCGAACAUAACCCUAGGACCCCCUACAACCGCAACCAUUCGUUCUUCUCCAAAGAUUCCUCAACACCAAAGGGUUGUGUUUACUGUGAUGAUGAACAGCACAAGUCGUAUGAAUGUAAGAAGGUUGCUACACCAACUGAGCGUAAACGAAAGCUACAAGCAAAGAAGUUAUGUUUUAAUUGUACAGGUGGCUGACACCAUGCAGCACAGUGUCGAAGUCGAGUUACCUCUUUUCACUGCAAGAAAAAACAUCAUUCGUCAAUUUGUGACACUUUAGAGAAACCUCCACCUAACCAAAUUCCAGGACAAGCAGCUAUGACAGCAACACACGAAGAGCACAAGGUUUGUCACCACAUUGUUAUUGUCAAAGCAAAUGGCAUUACCUGUAGAGCACUACUGGACACAGGAGCUACAACAUCGUAUGCGUCUGCAUAUCUUCUCUCAGCCUAAUGAAGAUCAAUCCAUCUAAUACCUUGACACGGUGUAUUCAAACCAUCACAGGGACAGUAACGAAGCAUGUUGAAAUCUACAAUCUUGAAGUUAGCAACACAGAAGGAAACUUUGUUAUCCCAGUGAAUGUAACAAAAGUUGACCGCAGAAAUCUCUUGUCAGUUGUGAAUCUAAAUUACCCAGAGUUGAUUAGUCGGUUCCAACACCUACAAGGCGUGAAUAUGGUGGAAACGGAUACCAAAUCAGUCCUUCCAGUACACCUCAUAUUGGGGGCAGCAGAAUAUUCAAGGAUCAAGACUAGUGAACCACAAAAGAACCGGUGA